AUGAGCAUGAUCUUCAAGCCAGAGAGACAGCUUCCUCUACCAACCACGGAUAUUCUUUCCUAUAUCUUCGGCGAUCCUGAAUAUGAUCUUAACGAACCAAUAUACAUCGACGCACACAACCCAACCCACACAUUAUCAUGUAAUGGCGCCAUAAAAAUGGUCAAGCAGCUCAUCCGAGGUCUCCAAGAUUCAGGCCUCGAGCCCGGCGAUUGUGUGGUCAUACAUUCUUUCAACAAUAUAUACUACAGCGUCCUAGUGCUAGCCAUCAUCGGUGCAGGCGGAGUUUUCACCGGCACAAACCCAUCCCAUACGACCUCAGAGCUCGUGCACCAUCUCCGAGUUUCCAAAGCUCGGUUCAUCAUCUCCGAAGCCGACCUCAUAGCUCCCAUCCUCGAGGCCGCAAGACAAGUCAACCUUCCCGAAGGCAACAGCUGGGUCCUCGACACCUAUGAAGCCUCCACCGAUGUCGCCCCACGCAAUGAUCUCUUCACCAAUUCCAAUGGUCUAUCCUCUUGGCGAACACUCCUCACCCACGGCGAGGCUGAAUGGCAGCGCUUCGACACUCUCACCACCGCGAGGGACACAACCGCCGCCCGAUUCCUCAGCAGCGGGACGACGGGCCUCCCAAAGGCCGUCGACAUUACGCACUACAACCUCGUCGCGCAGCAUACGCUUGUCUUCGAGGCGCAUCCGCGGCCCUAUCGAAUGACGUCCCUAAUCGCCCUUCCCGUCUUCCACGCCGCCAUCGCCCCGCUCGUGCACAUCGGCGCUCUGCGCUCCGGCUACACGAUGUACAUUAUGCGGCGGUUUGAGCUGGGCUCGUAUCUACGGUUCGUGAAGCAAUAUGCGGUCACGGACCUAAUCGUCGUCCCGCCGAUUUUGACGGCCAUCUUGGCGUCUGACUCCCCGGGCCGGGAGACGGGUCUGAAGAAGGUGAGAAAUGUGGUCUGCGGCGCCGCGCCGCUGAACAAGGAUACGCAGAGUAGGGUCGUGCGUGAGCUGCUCCCGGAGGGUGUGCCUCUGACGCAGGGGUGGGGCAUGACGGAGACGUGCUGCGCGGCUAUGAUGUUGCCUUACCCAGAGGUGGAUGACACGGGGUCCGUGGGGCGCUUGGUUCCGAAUGUCGAGGCUAAGUUGAUCGACGACAACGGAGAGAAUAUCUCCGCGUACGAUGUCCCCGGCGAGGUCUGCAUCCGCGGCCCCACUGUGACACCGGGCUAUCAUGAUAACCCGGCGGCGAAUGAGUCCGCCUUCGGCGCGGAUGGCUGGCUGAAAACUGGUGACGUAGCAAUAUGUGAUGGUGUCACGCGCAAAUGGUACAUCGUCGAUCGAAAGAAGGAGCUCAUCAAAGUCCGAGGAUUUCAGGUGGCCCCGUCGGAGCUGGAGGCUGUCCUGCUGUCGCAUCCGGCUGUGGUCGAUGCUGCGGUGGUGGGCGUUUGUGAUCCGCUGCAUGGGAGUGAGAGGCCGCGAGCGUUUGUAGUGGCGAAGCCCGGCGAGCCGCUGCGUGGCGAUGAGGUGAGACGGUAUGCCGCGGAGCGGUUGGCGGGGUAUAAGGAAAUCUCUGGGGGUGUUAGGGUUGUGGAGGCCAUACCUAGGAAUGCGAGUGGGAAGAUUCUGAGGCGGGUGUUGCGCGGCCUAGCUGAGUGUGAUGCCGAAAGUAGGAGACCGGUUUCGAAAUUGUGA